CGGGAGCCGGCGCCCGGAAGGUCAGCGUGUGAAGGUGGCAGUAGCAACGCGGGUCUUCCCGCUGUUGCUAUCGGGGCCACGGCCGAGCACACGACCCCGGCCUGAGGUUGGUGGUGGGAAGACCACCGCCGUUUGCUGCGACCUCAUGGAGGGUGGCGCAGGAAGUAGCAACAAAUCUACCAGCGGUUUAGCUGGCUUUUUCGGAGCCGGAGGAGCCGGUUACUCGAACGCUGAUCUGGCCGGCGUCCCGCUGACUGGUAUGAACCCCCUGUCUCCUUAUUUAAAUGUGGAUCCACGCUAUCUUGUUCAGGAUACUGAUGAAUUUAUUUUGCCAACUGGAGCUAAUAAAACCCGAGGCAGAUUUGAACUAGCUUUCUUUACCAUUGGAGGAUGUUGCAUGACAGGGGCUGCAUUCGGGGCAAUGAACGGUCUUCGUUUAGGAUUGAAGGAAACCCAGAGCAUGGCCUGGUCCAAACCAAGAAAUGUACAGAUUUUGAAUAUGGUGACUAGGCAAGGGGCACUUUGGGCUAAUACUCUAGGUUCCCUGGCUUUGCUCUAUAGUGCUUUUGGUGUUAUCAUUGAGAAAACACGGGGUGCAGAAGAUGACCUCAACACAGUAGCAGCUGGAACCAUGACAGGAAUGUUGUAUAAAUGUACAAGUGGUCUUCGAGGAAUAGCACGAGGUGGCCUGGCAGGACUGACACUCACCAGUCUCUAUGCACUGUAUAACAACUGGGAGCACAUGAAAGGUUCCCUGCUCCAACAGUCACUCUGAAGAUUUUUGCCACCUCAGGAGUGGGGGACACUUCAUAGUCAUCCAGAUCAAUUAAUAAGUCAGUCUGGAGUUGCUUUCUCUCUUGUACCUACAAUUACUUUGAACAAUUGGAGACUCUGAUUUGCUGUGACAAAGAUCAUGGAUGGUUAGCCUGGACUGCACUGCUUGCCCUCAGUGAGUGGAAGCCAAACCCUUUGGUGGUUCACUGAGUAUGUGUUCUCUUCUCCUUUGGAGAUGAUCUUGCACCUCUUAUCCCCAAACUGGAAAACCACUUACUCUCCAAAUUCAGGCCAUACUUUUAUUACCAUGUUAAUUCAUUUAAAAAUCUAAAACUUAAUGUUGCCCUGUUUUCCAAAUAAAGGGUGAAAAUAGAACCAAAGUCAUAAUUCCAACAUAAAACAUGGUAUCUCCAUUUAAUAACAUCUGGGGGGAUAAGGAGAUGGCUUGCCAGGUAAAUCACUUGCUGUGCAAAUGUGAAGACUUUGAGUUUGGAUCCCCAGCACCUACACACUUGCCCACCUAUAAUCCCAGUGCUCAGAGAGCAGAGAUAGAACCCUUGGAGCAAGCUGGCUGGCACUGUGAGCAUUGUGAGAGACUGCUUAUCCACUAGAUAAGGUGAAGAAUGCUUGCGAACACUUGUCAACUUGACAAGGACACACACAGAGAUCUACUUGAGUAUGAAGUGAUACACUGUGAAAUGAAGGGCUACUGGUAGUAUAACCUAAGAUUUUCCUCAACAUAUUUCAAGUUAAUCAUUAAGAAUGGUAUGCUAGAACAGCACACUCUGUACAACACUUGACCUCUCUGGGAAUAAUUAAGAACUGCCUGGAAGUUUUCUAAGCCUAGAAAAACUCAAGUAAUAAACACAACUACAGUGCAGGGUUGGGUGCAUAACAUGAUAAAUAUUAAGCAGCUCUUCUAGUGUAUCUGGGACCUUUUUGAAUAUAUCUAGUAACAGAAGUACUAAAAAGUGGCCAGAUCACACUGAGAUGUGUGUUUUUAAUAUAUAUGUAGUUUUUUGGGAAAGGCUGGAGAUAAUAAACUAUAUAUAUACUCUUUGUAUAUUUAUAUUGUUUAUCGUACCCCUAACCAAAUGUUACAUUCUGAGCUUUACAGAUAACGCAAACAACUGUCAUGUGACCAUUAUGCUUUUAAUGGAGAUAUAAAACUUAACAAUGCAAAAGAAAGUUUCAUAUAUCAUUAGCAAUAGUGAUUAACUUAAAAUUUUUAUGUUUUAAUAAUGUGAAUACAGUGUUA